GUUCAAGUCACGUGUAAGUACUCGCGUCCCCAAAAGCCCAGCAAAAGUACAGGACCCCCCUUCGCUGCAAUUCCAGAACCUCACCGCUUCUCGAGAUCCGGUCUGCGUCUGCCAGUCUUCGGUGCCUCUGCCGUGCCAUACUGUUUUACUGCCGGGAUAGACACACUCUCACCUCCUCCUCUGCAGCACCAUCCCUCUUCCUCCCCCCAUCUCAAUCCCUCCCCCGUCGCGUUCUGAGCUCGCAAACCUCCCCGUGAUGGCGCUCCCCGAGCCCUCCAAGCUCUCAUGCGACUGCAGCGCACGCGUCGCCGACCUCUCCGCGCUCGCAGACGCCCAAAAGACCGAAAUCGCCCGUCUGACAGAUUCGCUUGCGCGCGCAGAGACUAUCGCGACCGAUGCUCGACAAAACCAGCGUACGGCUGAGCUCGAGGCCGCCGCGCUGCAGAACCGGGUCCGCGAACUCGAGAGUAAAUUGAAAGUGCUCAAGGGACUUUCGGAAAGUCCUGUCAUGUCCUCGUCGCCGCCGCCGAGCGCGGGCAGUACUCCCGCUGAACGCACUCAGAUCGUCGAGAGUACCAACGACGACAGCGCAUCCAACGACAUCAGUGAUAUAAGAGACUCCCUCCGACGAGCCAAUCCAGCACCUACAGGACCUCCUCUUCCGCCGCGCAAAUCGAAAUCCGUGACGAGCCCGCAAGCGCCAACAAUGCCUCCCCCGCCUCCUCCCGUCGCAUCAGAACCCACUCCCACCGCGCGCACCGCCAGCAUCACCCGAUCGCCCGCUCUCACCAACAUGCGCGCGUCGCCGCCCGAAGCCGAGUCCCCGGCCUUUGACUCGUCGGCCUUCGAUCUCGUCCGCGCGUUCAACGAGUCCUUCGAUCGCAACCGGCUCUCGGUCUCCCACACCUCCGACUCCGGCGCCGACUCGAGCUUCGACACCGCAAGGGAGGAGUCCAACGCGGCCUCUUCCUCGCCCAUCAUGUCUUCGAUCUACGACGCGCCUGAGACUCCCGAAACACCGGUGAUCACGAGCUUGCCGAUGAAGUCGGCCCAAGAGGUCAACGACCAGAUCGGCUGGACUGCGAGCGAGGUGCGGGCGGGCAACGAAGACGCUGCGCACGCGCGGCAGACUUCGGACUCGUUCUCGUUCGAGGCUACCGCGCAGGACGAGUACGCAAUCAGAUGGGCGAAUCGCGAUCAGCGGGAUUCUACGUCGUCGGUCGAGUACAUCGAUUCGGAAGACGAGUAUGAAAGCAGUAGUAAGCAGACCGCAAGGGACCUUGCCGACUCUGCGAUUUCUGAGCCUUUCGAGGAAAGCACUAGCGAGCUCGCGACCCCGACGCUGGGUUCGACGACCGGCACUAUCAAACCGGGCGACUCGCGGCCUACCACAGGCAAGAGCGACCAAUUCCCUCCUCGAGUGCAGUCUUUCUUCCCCUCCCGGCUCGACUCUGCUUCCUCCACUUCAGCCUCGCAUACCGCAUCUGCAGUUCCACAACCACCGACUCUAGAAAUCAGCACGGCGACCAACGGCCUGGGUCUCGUGGGAAUUUCUGACACGCGGUUCCCGGAUUCAUCAUCGCAGGAGACUGAUGUCGCGGCCAUAACCACCGCAAGACUGACGCCUACCUCCUCUGCCGCGACUACUACCCAGGGCCUGACAUCCCCCGACUCGCCAGUCUAUUUCCCGCCUUCGUCCCCCGCGUCUUCCCGCGAUGCGCGCUCAUCGAUAAUCCCCGCGUCGGCAGUCUUCCCGCCGACGAACCCAAACACAAUCUACAGCAACCCGCCCAUCAUCUCGCAACCCUCGGGCCCGCUCAUCACGCCCGAGAACCUGCCCACGAUCGCGGUGCACGUCACCUCGAGCCGCAUGCGGAAUUUCCACAAAGUCAAGGGCGGCAGCAAAUCUGAUGACCCAAUCAUCAUCCUCUCGAUCCGCGAUCGCACGGCCGACAAGGAGUGGUGGAAAGUCAACAAGACGCUGGCGAGUCUUGGUGAUCUUGACGCGACGCUGCGGCCUCAGCUGCAAGCAUAUUCGCUUCCACGACUACCGGAGCGGUCCUCGUUUGUCAGUCUUGCGCCCUCAAAGGUUGACGAGCGACGACGGAUACUCGAAGGCUACUUUCUGACAAUCACCAGUAUACCAUCUCUGAGCGUGGAAGCCGCUACCCUGUUUUGCAACUUUCUGUCAACCGACAUCAUGGACCCAAUGGCGCUCUACGACGCCGCAACUAGAAAAGAAGGCUACCUGACCAAGCGCGGCAAGAACUUUGGCGGCUGGAAAGCGCGCUACUUUGUCCUUGACGGGCCCGAGCUGCAGUACUUUGACGCCCCCGGCGGGUCUCUCGUCGGCACGAUCCGGCUCGAGAACGCGGAGAUUUACAAGCAGGAAACGCCGAAUAACGGGCAGUACGACGACGCGCCGAACGCAGGAGAUCGCGCGUACCGACACGCGCUGCAGAUCAGCGAGCGCAAACGAGCUGAUUCAAACUCGUUCACGCGUCAUAUCCUCUGCGCCGAGAGCGACGAGGAACGCGACGAUUGGGUUGACGCGCUCAAAGAGUUCACCGCGAGCUCGGGCUCGAACUCCCCGUCGCCGUCGCCUACGCUGCCUCCUGGUGGUCCUGCUGCAGCGAAUCAGCUGAUGCCAGGAGGGUACUACAACCGGACGCCGAGCGACCAGCGGAGUAUCAUGAGCGUGGUGUCGACGUCGGCAGAUGUCGUGUCGUCGUCGGCGUCGUCGGCCGUGCUGCCGUUCUCGUCGUCGAGCCCGAAUAAGAAGAAACCAAAAGGAAUAGGGAUCUCGAUCGCGUCUCCGAUUUCGCGAAAGCUGAGAAUGGGGCGGCCGGCGACUGCGGCCGGAAACUCGAACGACUCGGCUACUUCUCCGUCUUCCUCUACACGGCCGACGUCGCCCGCGACCUCGCAAAGCGGCGGCGGCGGCGGCGGUGGUGUGCUUUUGCUUCCGGCGAAUAACGGCAGCUCCGCAAGUCUAGAGUACCGCAGCAGUCCCGUAGAAAGCGGACGCAGCACGCCCGCGAACGCGAGGCCGUGGGUACCCUCGGUCGCGUACACCGAUCUCGAGUCUGACUCGUUCGACAGCAGUACGGCGAGCCUCCCCCACUUUGACAACAACGAGGGCGGGCUGAGCGCGAGCAACAGCAGCAAUGCGCUCGAGCGGGACCUGAAGAAGCAAAAGAAGCGGAGCAUUUUCUCGCUGCGGAAGGAGACGAGCCAGGAUUCGGGGCUGACGGUGCAGGCGAUGGCGAUGUCGGAUCAGGUGCGGCAGCAGCAGCAGAAAGAGCAGGAUACGCGGCGGUUUUUGCAGCUCGAUAUGGACUCGUUGAAGAAUAACCCGAUGUACGAGUACCGGGCGUCUGUCUCGCGCACGUACGACGAGGAACAAAUGAACGGGCGCCGGGUGGACUACGACGACGAUCCAAAGUUCAAGGGCGAGAUCAGCUGCGGCGGGUUGAAGGCGAUCGACAAGACGAUUGCGGCGGCGGUGUUUGGGAUUCCGCUGGCGCAGGCGGUCGAGAUUUCGUUUAUCCAAAAGGGGGAGGUUAAAGUACCGAGCGUGCUGUAUCGGUGUAUUGAGUAUCUUGAUUAUAUCCAUGCGAAUCGGGAGGAGGGUCUUUUCAGAUUGAGCGGAUCGUCUUCUGUGAUCCGCGCGCUUAAAGAGCGGUUUAAUACCGGUGAGUCCUUGACAUAAAGCUGAGAGAAGAAGAGAAGAAAGACUAACAAUCUCGCAC